GCUAGUGAGCGGUCGUCGGAGGCUCGUGGGGGAGAGUCGUCGUCUCAGAUAAGGACAGUCACCACUCCCUGGCGCCCUCUCCCUGUCCUGACGGAGUCCAGUCUCCCUCCCUGGACCUAAGGGCCCUGAUUUAAGGCGCUUCGUCGUUGGCUGCCGGUGAAAGCCAUUUAGGAGCGAAGAUUGCAUUGGCCUGGCUCCGGCUGAGGGAUGGGGGAUAGCCACCGAAGCCUCCAGAUAAGCCCAAUACCACCUUCAUUUAUGUGUUAAACUGGAGUUUAAUAGGUUCCUGGGAAGGCUAUUUCGGCGUUAAUGUUUGAUUUUUGCCACCAGUUAAUCCUCCCUGGCUUGCUUACCAGAAUGUACAUAUGGAAACUACAGUGUCCAGACCGGUCCUUUCUCCAACCCACAUCAAUGCUACAGCUUCUGAAACAUUCACAGUACUUCAGCAAAGGAUGAGAAUAGUUGAGGAACAGACCAGUUCACUGAGGGAUGACCUAAUAAUGUUGGAUUUUGGUGAAAAAAGAGGCUAUUUGGAAGCUCCAAACCAUUUAGAAGACCUGGACAGCCAGAAAGUCAUUAGUCCUAUCCAAAAUGAAGCAAUUUGUGCAGGAAAAAGAGAUAUUUUAUGGAAGAACUGUGAGUUUCUGGUAAAUCGAAUGUGCCGUCUUGAAAGCCUCAUUCAGUCCUUGAAGAUGAACAUCUUUCGGCUGCAAACUGAAAAGGAUUUGAAUCCUCAGAAAACAGCUUUUCUGAAAGAUCGACUGAAUGCAAUACAGGAAGAGCAUUCUAAGGACCUGAAACUGUUGCAUCUUGAAGUUACGAAUUUGCGCCAGCAACUGAGAGCUGUAAAAGAGGAAGAAGACAAGGCACAAGAUGAGGUGCAAAGGUUGACUGCCACUCUGGAGAUUGCCUCGCAAACAAAGAAGAAUGCAGCCAUUAUUGAAGAGGAACUGAAGACCACAAAACGUAAAAUGAACCUUAAAAUUCAAGAGCUAAGGAGACAACUGGCUCAGGAGAAGUACCUUAGGGAAUCUUUAGAGAAAUCAGCAUCAGCCAUGCUCCUCAAAAUACAAGAAAUGGGAUCAACAGUGGAGGUAGAACGAAAACAGGUGCACAUUUUGCAGCAAAACUGCAUUGCUCUACGUGAUUCUAUACAGAGCACUCAAGAACUACUGGCCCAGGAACAAAAAAAAAAAGAAGAGUUGGAGAUUGCUACUUCACAGCUCAAAUCUGAUCUAACUUCUAGAGAUGACCUCAUUUCCAAGUUGGUUGAAGAAAAUAAGAACGUGCAGAUAUCUUUCAACAAGGAACAUGAAGAAAAUGCAUAUUUGAGGUCCGAAAUAAUGUCUCUUCAUGAAGCAUCAGAAAAAGCACAAGUUUUGAAUGACCAAUUGACUAAAAAGUGUUCAGAGUUGAGCUGCAUGCUUCAGACUGUUACUAUGGAAAAAGCCAGAAUCAUUGCUGACCAUCAGGCUAUUCUGCAGGUAGAGCAGAAAAUGAUGUCGCAGACAUUUCAAGAACAAAACUUAUUGCUGGAUGCAGCCCAUGCUAGUAUCACAAAUGAACUACAGACUGUUCAGAAUGAGAAAACCCAACUCCAAGCACAUCUGGAUCAUUUAAUCCUUGAGCAUAACCAGUGUAUCCAGAAAGCACAGGAUGCUGAAAAGAGAACAACUGUGCAAAAAGAGCUGCUAGAAUCAACUAUUGCAAGAUUGCGAGGUGAAUUGGAAGCAUCAAUGCAAGAGAAGAAGUCUCUGCUAGAGGAGAAAGAUAGAUUUCAGAGGGAGGUUAAUAAAACAGAAAAAGAAAUAGCGCAAGAAAGAUGCAAUUUGGAAAAGGAAUUAGCUAAAAACAAGGUAGACAUAAAUACGUUAACUCAUAACCUGCAGACUCUUGAAGAAGAGAAUAAGCACCUGGCAGAUCAAAUGGCUUCCCUAGAACUUCAGCAAGUCACUUCUGAUUACCAUGGGCUUGCCCAACAGAAGGUGGAAAAAGUCUUGGGAAAAAUUACUGAAAGUAAAAAUAAACUGGCCUAUGAAAAGGGAAAACUCCAGAUAAAAGUUAAACAGCUAGAAGAACAAGUACAAUCUUUUACUGACACCGGCUUACAGAAUGAUCAUCUACGCAAGAUGAAUAAGUCUCUACAGACUAAAUAUGCUCAGGAUAUUGGAGACUCUAGGAUCUCUCUAAAGACUCUGUUGAAUGCUAUUAAAACCAUGGAGGGAAGACUGGAAGGCAAAAUAGAGAUUCUAGCCUCAAGACCUUUAAUAAAUGAUGAAUCACCAAAUUUUCUUAAACGGGACUCGGUGAAAUCUAUUCUUGAAAGAAGUAAAGAGGAGCUGUCCCGAACAGUGAAGUGUCGUAAUGCGGCCCUGAAAGAGAGUCAGAAGUUGAAAGAAGACCUCGAGGCUGUGGAGGACAGGGAAAACAAGAAGGUGGGAAACUUUCAGCGACAACUGGCAGAAGCUAAAGAAGACAACUGCAAAGUCACAAUUAUGUUGGAGAAUGUGCUGGCUUCUCACAGUAAGAUGCAAGGUGCUCUGGAGAAAGUACAAAUAGAGCUUGGGCGGAGGGAUUCAGAGAUUGCAGGCCUCAAGAAAGAAAGGGAUCUCAAUCAACAGAGGGUGCAGAAGCUGGAAGCUGAAGUGGACCAGUGGCAGGCCAGGAUGCUUGUCAUGGAGGACCAGCACAACAGUGAGAUUGAAUCUCUACAAAAAGCUCUAGAUGUAGCUAGAGAAGACAACAGGAAACUUGCUAUGAGUCUGGAGCAAGCUCUCCAGACAAAUAAUCAUCUGCAAACAAAGCUAGAUCACAUUCAAGAGCAAUUGGAAAGCAAAGAACUUGAGCGACAGAAUUUGGAAACCUUCAAAGACCGGAUGACUGAAGAGUCCAAAGUGGAAGCAGAAUUGCAUGCUGAACGCAUAGAAGCUCUAAGAAAGCAGUUUCAAACCGAGAGAGAAACUGCAAAGAAAGUGGCACAACGGGAAGUGGCUGAGCUGAAGAAAGCCCUUGAUGAAGCUAACUUCAGAUCAGUGGAAGUGUCCCGGACCAACCGAGAGCUGCGACAGAAACUUGCAGAGCUAGAAAAAAUACUAGAAAGUAACAAGGAGAAAAUAAAGAAUCAAAAGACCCAAAUUAAGCUCCACUUGUCAGCUAAGGCGAAUAAUGCUCAGAAUAUAGAAAGGAUGAAGCAAAUAGAAAAAGAAUUGAAGCAAAUGGAGCUAAUUAAGGAUCAAUAUCAGAAAAAAAACUACGAACAGUCUUUGAGUAUCCAGAGAUUUGUGUGUGAAAUGACUAACCUGCAGAAAGAGAUGCAGAUGUUGGCCAAGAGCCAAUAUGAUGCCUCAGUGCGGAAUAAACAGCAAGAGCUGCACCUAGAAGCAGAGCGGAAAAUAAGGCUGGAGCUAGAGAAUCGGUGCCAGGAAUUGGAAGAAACUAUCAGACACCUGAAGAAAUGUAAAGAGGCAACAGAGAAUAAGCUGAAAGAAGCCAGUGUGGAAUCAGAACAGAUAACAGCUAAUCUGGAAGAAGCUCAUCGCUGGUUUAAGCACAGGUUUGAUGGUCUACAACUUGAGCUGACAAAAAACCGGUUGCAGAGGCCUUCUGGGGAAGACAGGUGGCAGGAAAAGGACCAAGAUGUAAAACAUGAUGUCAUGUCCAACCAAUCUGUUCUGCAUCGAUGGGAGAAAAAACAGAAUCUUAGGCCCAUGCCCAAGAAGUAUCAUUCUGAGGUACAGAGGAAGUGAUGUCCUUGACAAGGGAGCUUCUUUAUGUAUAGCUACACUCCAUAAUUCCAAGAGCCCAGCAGCCAGGGCUGGCCUGUUUCUAGAGUCAUAAGAACAUGAAGUCUUUGAUGUGGGCUGAAGAUUUUGGACCUGAGUUUAUCACUUUAUGAACUCUUAUAUCAGUACAAAACUACCCCUUUUUUUGUCCCUUUUCGCAUUUUCCACCCAAUAAAUUUAUGUUAAUUUGUUGUAUGAUAGGA